AUGCGCUUGAUCAACACGAAAUCGUUCAAGCUCGAAGAGUUCUCGGAUGGCAGUAUUCCUCCAUAUGCUAUCUUAUCGCAUACCUGGGGAAAUGACUCGGAAGAGCUUUCUCUCGAUGAUGUUGAGCGUGGUCGUAUCUAUAAGAUAGCUGCUGUUCAAGCUGAACCAGCGGUUGGAUCAAUCAAAUUCCGAGGAUGUUGUCGACAAGCCGUGGAAGAUGGUCUCGGAUAUGUCUGGAUCGACACCUGUUGCAUCGAUAAAGCCAACUUGGUGGAGCUCAGUGAAGCCAUCAACUCCAUGUUUCGAUGGUAUAGCCGCGCAACUGUCUGCUAUGCCUACUUGUCCGACGUUCCUGAUGACGACGACCCCCUCAAACCUGAGUCAAACUUCCAAUCAAGCCGUUGGUUCCAAAGAGGGUGGACUCUACAAGAACUUCUUGCGCCAAAGAACUUGCGGUUCUAUAAUUCGGUAUGGCGCUGCAUAGGCACCAAAGGCAUUAUGAGCAAGCUCAUUACAAGCAUUACGCAUGUACCCCGGCAUUUCCUGUUAGGUGUCGCCGAACUGCGCGUUGCCAGCGUUGCGCAACGCAUGUCAUGGGCUGCCCAGAGAAGAACGAAGAGACUUGAAGAUCUUGCAUAUUGUUUGUUAGGGAUCUUUGGUAUAUCAAUGCCAAUGCUAUACGGCGAGGGUGAGCAGGCUUUCUUCCGGCUACAGGAGCAGAUUAUGAAGACGACGAGGGAUGAUUCUAUCCUGGCAUGGGGCCUUGAUGAUGAAUCCAAUGAGUCUUGUCUCCGAAACGAAGACGGGGGGGUAUUAGCACCCAGUCCGUCACAUUUUGCAAAUUCCGGACAGAUUAUCACUCGGGAGCACACAGACAAUCCACUGCACUCGCUCGAUAUGUCUGGCGGGAGUCUUCGCAUCUACAUGCCGCUACUUACUACUGGGUCUGGUGAGACGUUUGGACUACUUAACUGCGGGCCUGCGUCAAAACCACACAAAAUUGUUGCCAUCCCUCUUACCAAAGCAACCUCGGUGGCAUCUAACGAGUAUGUCAGGCCAAGGCAACAUCCUUCAGUGCUACGGACAGUCGUUGUGUCUGGCUCUCCGCCUGAGCUUAUCCACAUCAAGAAAGACAGCCGACAGAAUACAUUCAAAAAGACGUACUGGCUUUAUGAGGAUGAUUUAUUUGCCCAUUUCAAUCUGACGUUGGUCGACGUGGAGCCCCAACCUUGCUGGGAUAAGCAGACAAACUUGAUAUCCCCAAUUGCUUCCGACCAAGCUACUACGGAUCCAAUCUUGCUUCGACUCCGUUAUAUUAAGGCGGAAUGUCGAGAUUUCGUCACAGUACUCGAAGUGCCACAAGCGGAAUCAAACGCUGAACCCCAGCUCAAUGCCGUGAUAUGCAGAACUGUGACAUGCAGCAGAAACACGCCGUUGCAAGAAAUAGCCCAAAAUCUUCAAAAAUUCCCGUCAAAAGAAUUAGGGGGGGGGAGCGCUGAGAGUGGCGUGCUUCACUUACGCGUUAAAUUGAAACUUAUUGAGGGGGGCAUAAUAUCUAUCAAUCCUGAAGCAGUGGUUCUUCAAUCAGGUGAUGAUACUAUGCUUACAUCCGAGGAUGCGGAUUUGAUUCUUGACAUCAGACAACUUCUGAGAGAAAGAAAGGAAAUAUAUACGAAGAAUAAAGAGUUGAAGGCCGGAUCGGAAAGCUAUGGCAUACGUUUGCGACUAGCUGAGAAGGGGCUUGAGGAGGUGGUGCGCCAAAUUAAAGAACUCGAGGAGAGAAGAAGAAAGCUGGUCAAAGAAGAAGAAAGCAGCGCCCGGGAAAUGAAUGAUCUAGAGCAUGAAAAAACGACAGCUGAGGAACGACAAGAUUACUUAUCAACCAGGCUACCAAUUGUACAUGAACAAUUGGACAAUCUCAGCGAUGGCCGUCGCCGCCAAGUUUGCGAUGCACUGUUCUCAAGGGCUCUGAGGAAUGGCGAUGCUGAAAUGAUGGAACUCCUAUCUGACAAGGUCCGAGAGCGCGAUGGAUGGAUACCAUUGAUCGCAGCAUCCAUCAGAGGAGAUGUCGAAACGGUCCAACAGAUUCUCUCUGAGGGUGAAAUUGAACCUGACAGCAAGGAUAGCGUGUUUGGCCGGACAGCGCUUAGCUGGGCGAGUGCGAACGGCCAUACGGCCAUCGUGGAAGCUCUUCUAAUGGGCCUGUAG